AUGAACUUGACCUUCGUCCCGUUGGCGAGCGAGUUCUGGAGAGAAUUGCCUGUUCUCUUCCUAAUCCUCGAGAUCAUCACUUUCGUUGUCGUUGGUAUCAUCAUUUUGAUGACAAUCAAAAUGCUGAGAGACGUCAAUUUGUAUAUUGAGGACGAUAUGAUUCGACGGGAUCUGGUUGUGCUUCUUUCGUCGCCGAUGGUGGUGAGUGUCCUCUCAAUGAUCGGUAAUUGUAUGCCCCGAUCGGCUGAAUUGAUGUACGCCAUCGGACUGACAUAUUUAAUGGCUUGUCUGUACCGGGUUGUCGAUUUAGUGUACAAGUUGUUCGGCGGACGGCAACAGUUCUCACAAUGGUUGAAAAGGAAUGAUCGAGUGAUCGACUUCGCGACAACUCCAUUUUGUUGUUGCUGCAAGUGUUGGCCAAAAGCUGAGCCAACACCAGAGAACCUUCAACGACUUCAAUAUUUCGUCGUUCAAUCGCCCCUUGUUCGAGUCAUUAUCCAAGUGACGAUUAUCGUUUUGAUUCUCGAAAAAGUCCCUGAAGACUCGAUUGCAAAUCAAGUGCUAAACGGACUGGGCGCAGUUUCGGCGAUCACCGGUGUCUACAUAACGCACAUUUUGCUGAAAAUGACACAGGACUACCUCGAGCAGUUCAACAUGGUCGUCUUGUUCAAAUGCGUCAACUUCGGCCAGGUGCUCUUCACACUUUUGCGUUUCAACUUCGACAUCGCUUUCAAGAACUGGAAAAUCGGGUACACGGAUGUGAUGAGCUCGGAAGCGAACGGGAUGUGCAAUCGCGAGGAAGAGAUUCGCGUGGUCACCCCGACAUUCUCGGACUCAACACUGCCCGAAACUCCUCUCCAAAUCCACACCGCUCUC